AUGCGUCACCGGAUUUUUGGUUUGGGUGGUAGCGUGAGGGCCAUCCCCGAGGGCCGCAUCUUCUUCGCCAAUGAACCGGUGCUGGAAGUGACCGCCCCCAUCAUCGAAGCUCAGUUGGUGGAAACCCUGAUAAUCAACCGGCUUAACCUCCAGAGCUUGCAGGCCACCAAGGCGGCCCGCUGCGUUUGGGCCGGCCAGGGCCGCGGCAUUUCCGACUUCGGCGCCCGCCGAGCCCCCGGGGUAGAUGGAGACCUGAACAUGGCUAGGGCCGGAACAUGA